UCAUACAACAGCUCCCUCUGUCCGGGGAAGAGUUAUCCACCCCUACCGAAAGUAAUGGAGCAUUUGCACAGGAGAACCAGUUGAUAGUAAAUUCUUCCCACCAGGAGAAUCACUUAUCUGACGGGCACCAGCAGACUGACUCCCACUCCGAAUUGUACAGUCAUUCAGCCAAUGAGGUCCAUUCAUCUUCAAAUUUAGACCAAUCGGAAGUCAACAAGACUGGCUUAGGCAUGGCCUUGAGUCUGCUGAGCCAGUCGAAUCAGCAGGACCAGUCUUCAAACUGUCAGCCUAGCGUCACCAUGGCGAUGAACCUCUUGGCUCAGGUGGCGCAUUCCGAAUCUCAGAGUCAGUCUGUGGACUGCCAGCCGAACGUGACGCUGGCCAUGAGUCUGUUGAAUCAGGUGUCUAAUGCCAACGUCAUACCGCAUGACGAGUGUGACACGGAACAGGGCGGGGUCGCGUCUCUAGCGUCCCUGUCUUCGUCUCUAGCUGGGCAAGAUGGCUUCCCAUCCGUGCCCGCCAACAUGGCUCACAUGUUUCAGUUCAGCAGUCCGGGAGUGCCGUCUGCCUCACAGACACAGAUGCUUCCAGCCAUCACUUUCUCUCCGGACGCCGAGGGGCAGCAGAACCUUCCCACCAGAGUCUACAUGUCUAGUCCCAUCACCAUGGUGCCCAUGUCACAUGACCAGCAAGACAAGAAUCACCAUGACCACCUGACCUCUCCGAGUCCGGCUGCAUUAGCAUUGGCAAACAUGUCUGUGAUUGACAUGCUGUUGAAAAGUCACGGAACUGAGCUGCAUGCUGCUGAAAAAUCUGCAGAUGAUCUACCUACUAGUCUAGCCAAAACACCGGCCAUUAGUGGCCACUACUGUGUGGAGUGCAAUAAUACAUACAAAGAACCGUGCAAGUUCCAUAUUACUGAUUACAUGCACCUCACUGAUACUCCCUUACUGUCCAGGGCCAGAGCGUCACUGCCGCUGACGUUAAACCUACAGAAAUCCAGUUUAAAUGGACAUUUCAGUGAUGUGGGUGUGUUCUGUAACGAAACUGUCAAGCUGAGAACUCUUCUAGGGCCACUUGUUGGAAAACCUGUACCAUGUGACAUGUGGCAAAGUGGAAAAAAGUUUGUGUUUUGGAAGAUAUUUUUUGAAGAUUAUUUUUCUGUACUGGACAUCAGUGAUGAAGAUGAAUCUAACUGGCUGAUGUUUGUGAAACCAGCACGCAAUGCCCUCGAACAGAACUUGGUAGCCUUUCAAAAAGAUGAGGAAAUCUACUUUGUCACCUGCAAGGAUAUUGAGCCUGGACAAGAAUUACUCUUCUGGUAUGCAAAGGAUUAUGCAAAGUUGUUAGGAUUAAGUCCAAAACCAAGACGUAAUGGUACUUCGUAUUGUCCCUAUUGCUGUGUGUGUGAAAAGGUGUUCCCUGACCGGAAAUCCUUGAAACUGCACAAGAAGGAAGAACAUCCCAACCUGACUGAGCGGAAGUGGGCGUGUCAGUUCUGUCACCAUCGGUUCACAUCGUCGGCGAAGCUGAACACCCACGUGAUCGCGCUGCACCUGCAUUUCAAGCCGUUCUACUGCCGUCACUGCGGAAAACAAUUUGCUGACCAGAGCAAUCUCCGACACCAUAUGAAUAUACACACAGGUGAGAAGAAAUUUGUCUGUGAAACGUGUCAGAAAUCGUUCCGACAGAAAGCCCACCUGACGGCCCACAAACUGGUGCACACUGGAAUCAAGGCGCUUCAGUGUCAGUACUGCUCCGUGAAGUUCGCACGCCGCUCGGACCUCAAGCAACACGAGUACCAGCACACCAAGGAGAAAGUCUACCCGUGCAGCGAGUGCAUGAAGGUCUUCUACAAGCUGCAGAACUACAACAAGCACGUCAAGAUUCACAACAACGAGAGGAACUAUCACUGCCAGCACUGCCCCAAGACGUUCGUCACCAGCUAUCACUUGAAGAGGCACCUCAAGGCGUGCAAGGGUCUCAAGAACGCCGCGAUGAAGAUGACGGCUGAUGCCGAUGACGUCUUGUUUGAAGAUUUCAAUGACAAUGCCGACGAUGAUGAAGACGGUAUUGCGAGGAUUAUCGCUGAUGUGGCACCGUCUGAAGGGUCGGGUGUGUUCGAGUCUGGGGGGACGCGGCGCAGUCAGAGGAAUGUAACUCGGAUUAACCUGGAGGAAACGUGAGGUUGAUGAUUUAAGAAGGAUUUCCGACUUGAGAUGUUCUAUGACCACUUUCAAAAAUGCAUACACUGUUGUGGUUGUAUGAUCCCUGCAGUCGCUCAGCACACAGAUGUUUCGAUGCUGCAUGGUGCCAUCGGCCUGUCGUUGACAUGCGACGAACGGGUGUAGGGUUGCUUGUCGAUUUUCCCAGUGGAAGCUUUGAAUUUCAUCUUGUACUACAUAAGAGUAAUUUUCCGCAAAGUCUCCCUGAAUUAGGAUAUCCUCCAUUGGUGUCAUAGAAGUCUUUAAACUCUUCAUGUACUGACUUUGGGAUUUAGCUGUAUAACUAUGGCGUGUCAGUUUGAAUAUUUGCGUUGCUAAGUUGUCAAUAAAAUCGUCUCUGGGUUCUGUAAUGGUAACCAACUCUGUUCUGUCUGUACUCACCCACUGUCUAUAUGUUACCACUUCAACAUCACUCAGUUCAUCACAUUGAUUAUGGUAAUCAAUUAGGCAUUGCUGCCCUGGGCGGGCUAUAUCUCGGGAAACCGCUGGACCGAUCUCUAUAAAAAUUGGAAUAUGGGUGAGGGUGAGGUGACAUCCAUUGGGUGAUUUGACAUGGAAUGACCCAUCUUUGACAUGUGCUUCAGAUAAAGGAUUGACAUGAUUCAUGUUGGUAUUCAGCAUAUUUUCUGCCGCAUCCUAGCUGUUUUCCAUAUUGUUUGGUUUACAUGUAUUAAGUUAUUUAUUUACAUGUAAUUGUUUUGUUUGAAAACUACAUGCCCACCAGCUUGGUGAAAAGGACAAAGUAGCCAAAACCCUGUUCCCUGUGAAAACCAGGCAAACAAAUAUUAUGACCCCUGGGAAAUAAAUGCACACCGUGUAAACCAGGCAGUCAUUAAACUGUAAGGGUUUAUGUUAAUGUUUUGUCAAACCACAAUAAACUAAAAUCCCUUGGGUUAACCAAGCAGAUUUAAUACAUACUUAAGUAAUAUGCAUCCAGAAUUCUGCCAGUUAUGUUAUGCACAUAUAUAUCUGAAAUCUGCAACUUUAAUUUAAUUAAUAUUUAUAUACACUUUUUGAUAUUAAUUAGUAAGUAUGGCCUGUUCUUGUAGUCCAUCCUUUUUAAAAACGUCCAUAUAAAUGCACAUCUUUGUAGAAAAAACAUGGGGUUUUUUCCUGUUCCACGUGAUCUGAAAUUGUAAUAAAACUAACAGCAGACUAUGAAAUUGAUCUUUAUACUUAGGGAUGGGUGAGUGGGUGCUUAAGUUAUUUAUUUACAUGUAAUUGUUUUGUUUGAAAACAUUCAAACAAGUAUGACAUCAUAAACAGAAAGUAUUAGGUCAUAGCCCAGCGUAAACUGUGACAUCAUAACCAAAUAGCAAGUGCUACAUAAGCUCUCACAACCCAUUAUGAGAAAUUAUUCAAAGUAGGUAAAUUCAUUAUACCACUUUUAUCUGCAACCAACCUUGUCAUCACUGUAGCAAAAAUAAAUUGGUUUAAAUUUUAGCUUACAUAAUUUAUUAUAUUUUAUUAAUACAAUACAAGCAUAUGUAUAAAUAAAUCCUAUAGCCUAUAUAUAACACAGAUACCUACAUCAGACCAGCCCAU